AUGUCUGAAAUUCAAAGUUAUGAAUAUAAUUUUGACAAAUCUUAUGUGGACUAUAAACUUUUGGAAGAUGGCAUCAAUCUGGUUCCAUCUGAACUUAUAGCAGUAGAUGAUGACUUAUCAGUAAUUGAAGAGGGUGAAGAUCUUGUAUCUGAAAAUGGUAGUUUGGAUAACGAACCUGAAGAUAGUCCUCUAAAAGAAAUUUAUGUUGAACAGACAUUUGUCUCGUUUGACAUGCUCGAACAAUGUCUAAAACGUUAUUCAACUAGAAUGAGAUUUGAAACGAAAAUAGUGCGAGCUGAAAAGGAGGAUAAUAUUUUCGUUCAUAAGACAUAUAAAUAUAGACAUAGUGGAAAAUACUUACCUAAGAAAAAAUUAGACCCUACGCAAAAUUGA